AUGGCUCCCAACAACAUUAAAAUCCACGAACAUUUCAAAGUUGUUCCAACAUCAUCAACCCAAACAACAACCCCUCUCACUUACUUUGACAUAUUUUGGCUAAGGUUUCAUCCAGUAGAACGUGUCUUCUUCUACACCCUUCCAAAUUCACAAUCACACCCCUCUUUCUUCUUCCAAAACCUUGUUCCAAAUCUCAAAUCUUCACUUUCUUUAACCCUCCAACACUUUCCUCCUUUAGCUGGUAAAAUCGUUUGGCCUUCUGAUUCUUCAAAACCAUUCAUCCAAUUCAAUCCCAAUGAUGAUGAUGAUAAUGGAGUUUCAUUGCUCAUCGCAGAAUCUAGUUUAGACUUCAACCAUGUCAUACAAAAUUCACCACAAGAAGCUUCGUUGUCUCGCUCUCUUAUACCCUAUUUAGAAUCAACAGAUUCUUUUGCUUCUGUUAUGUCCAUUCAAAUAACCCUUUUUCCAAAAAAUGGUUUUUCUAUUGGUAUCACCACACACCAUGCAGUUCUUGAUGGAAAAUCUUCAACCAUGUUCAUCAAAGCAUGGGCUUAUCUAUGCAACAAAGUCAUCAAAACCGAAGAAGAAUCACCAACUUUGUUACCAGAGUUAGAGCCUUUAUUCAACAGAGAAAUCAUCAAAGAAAAUAACUCAAUUGAGAGCUUAUCCAAGAUAUUCCCAAGUGAAAAGGGAAACGAAAGAAGCCUAAAGAUUUUUCCGUUUGAACCAAAACUCGAAGAAUCUGUCCGUGCCACGUUCAAGCUCACAUGUGAAGACUUGGAUAAAAUAAAACAAAGGGUGUUAUCCAAAUGGGAAAUAUUCGAUACAAAUGAAUCAAAGCCAAAGAAUUUAUCGUCGUUUGUUCUCACAUGUGCUUAUUCUCUUGUAUGUAUUGCAAAAGCUUUUCAAGGAGUUGAAAAGGAGAAAGAGAAGUUUACAUUUGCUUUCACCAUAGAUUGCAGAUCAAGGUUAGAACCACCAAUACCAAAUAACUAUUUCGGAAACUGUGUAUUAGGGCAUUUCAUUAAUACACAACCAUUGGAUUUCAUAAAAGAAGAUGGUUUGAAUUUAGUUUCUAAAAGUAUUUAUGACCAAAUAAAGCUUAUAAAAGAAAAGGGUGUUUUUGAAGGAACUAAAGAUGUGUUUGCUAAAUAUACUUCUUUGGCAAGUGAAGGAGUUGAAAUUAUAGGAGUGGCAGGGUCUAAUAGAUUUGGUGUUUAUGAGACUGAUUUUGGUUGGGGAAGGCCGAAAAAGGUGGAGAUAGUGUCGAUCGAUAGAGGUUUAACAAUUGGUUUGGCAGAGAGCAAAAAUGGCAAUGGUGGAGUUGAAGUUGGUCUUGUUCUUAAGAAAGAUGUAAUGGAACUCUUUAGCACUUUGUUUCUUGAAGGAUUAAGCAUUGAUUGA